AUGGGCUCCCUAGCGGCGGCCCUCUUGAGGGUGCUCCAUCCCAGCUCUCUCCUGCUGGGAGCAGUUGUCUUCCUGCUCCUUGCCAAUUUCUUCAAAAACCGGAUCCCCAAGAACUACCCGCCUGGACCUCCGCGUCUGCCCAUCCUUGGGAAUUUCUUCCAACUGAUCUUGAAGGAGCCUCAUCUGUCUAUUCAGAAGUAUGUGAAGCAAUACGGGAACCUUUUUAGCAUGGAGUUUGGUGCCUGGUCUUCAGUCAUUAUAACUGGAUUGCCCUUGAUCAAAGAAGCCCUUGUCCACCAGGGUCACAACUUUUUGAACCGUCCCAUGUCCCCUGUUCGAAAACGGAUCUUUAAGACAAACGGCUUGAUCAUGUCCAAUGGUCAGGAAUGGAAGGAGCAGAGAAGGUUCACCCUGACAACACUGAGGAACUUUGGUUUAGGAAAGAAGAGCUUAGAGGAACGCAUGCAGGAGGAGUCCUACCACCUCAACCAGGCAAUAGAAGAGGAGAAUGGACAGCCUUUUAACCCUCACUUCAAGAUCAACAAAGCAGUUUCCAACAUUAUUUGCUCCAUCACCUUUGGGGAGCGCUUUGAGUACCAGGAUAGUCAGUUCCAAGAAAUGCUGAGGUUGCUGGACGAUAUCAUAGUUAUGGAGGUGUCAGUGUGGAACCAGCUCUAUAAUACCUUUCCACGGAUAAUGAACUUUCUUCCUGGAUACCACCAAACACACUUUCACAAAUGGGAGCAAUUGAAGUUGUUUAUUUCUCAUGUGAUUCAAAACCACAAGAGAGAUUGGAAUCCUGCAGAAUCAAGAGAUUUUAUCGAUGCAUACCUCACAGAAAUAGAAAAGCACAAGGGUGAUGAUGCUUCCAGUUUCAAUGAGGAAAACCUCAUCUACAGUACCGUGGACCUCUUUUUUGCUGGAACUGAGACAACUUCGACAACACUGCGCUGGGGUCUGCUUUACAUGGCCCUCAACCCAGAAAUCCAAGAAAAAGUGCAAGCUGAGAUCGACAGAGUGAUUGGCCAGUCGAAGCAGCCAAGCACGGAUGCUCGGGAGCUCAUGCCCUACACCAAUGCCGUCAUCCAUGAGGUGCAGAGAAUGGGAAAUAUCAUCCCCCUGAAUGUGCCCAGGGAAGUAAACAAUGCCACCACCGUGGCUGGAUACCACCUGCCCAAGGGGACCAUGAUCAUGACCAAUCUGACUGCACUGCACAGGGACCCUGAAGAAUGGGCCACCCCCGACACAUUCAACCCAGAGCACUUUCUAGAGAAUGGACAGUUUAAGAAAAGGGAAGCCUUUCUGCCUUUCUCAAUAGGAAAACGGGUAUGCCUUGGAGAACAGCUGGCCAAGGCUGAGCUGUUCAUUUUCUUCACCUCCCUUUUGCAAAAAUUUACCUUUAAGUCCCCGGACAAUGAGGAGCUGAGCUUGGAAAUCAGAAUGGGCGUCACCAUCUCCCCAGUAGAACACCACCUCCUAGCAGUUCCUCGGGCAUGA